AAAAGUGAUGUUAUUGGCGGAAAUGAUAAUGUUUUUUUAUGUGGAGCCGUCACUAAGAAAUUCAAAAUGAAAUUUACUGCAAUUCUUGAUAGCGAGAUGCAAAUAGUAUGAUCUAAUGCUAGUAUUAAUAGAUAGGUAAUUUGCAAGAUCGGUAAUUGGAAGUGCUAAACAGUUCGCAUUUAAUUAGUAUCUUAUUUCUUUGUAGUCACUAAAAGUGGUAAAAUGUUACACGUUUGAUCAUUCUUUGUUAAUUUCUAUAAACCUCCAUUAAAACUAUCAGUGUUGAUUGAACUCGGCACUUCAUAAAUUUCGACCCUCCAUGUCAGCAAAACCCAUCACAUCAUACUUUCAGGUUAAAGACAAGGAGUAUCCAGACAUCUUUACAUGCUAAAUUCAGUAAACUAAAAAAAAAGAAGACGCUGAUGAUCAAACAACCACAGACCAAUAAUAAGUUAACAUUUUUGCCACAAUAUGGGCCGCUCUUAGAUCAAUGAUUGUAUUGAGGUUUGGCUGGGGCUAGUUUGUGGCUGUGGGCUGGCUGGCCGUUAGAUUAGAAUUUAUUGAAUUUAGGGAUACACUAAUUAAUUAAUGCAGCCCAUAUAUACUUAUAUGACACGCACACAGGCACACACAAGAAGUUUGGAUGUUUGGGUUGGGCUGGAAUAUUAGCUUGGACGGGUUUGUGGGCUAGUGGAAGCCAAAAGAGCAUCAUCACGUACGUUCGGAGACAGGCUUUCUCCCCAAACCAUAUUAUUGCUUGUUCGCCACCAAAGUUCAGCCGGAUAGGAAUGGCAACGGGUAGGUUCCGAGCGGGUAUCUCGAUACUCAUAUUUGUCAUCUGGCAAGUCGGGUAGUUUAUUAUGAGGCACGGAUCGUGACAGGUCGACUCAAUGAGUAUGUAAUUUAGAUGAAAAAUAUUAGAGAUAUACGUUAUUUUCAUUAAAAUACCAAGAAACAAACCAUAAUAUGGUCAAAUAUACUUUUAAAUUAUUGAAAUUUUGAGGUUUUCACUAUUUUUAUAAUUUCAUUAUAGCUAAAAUAUGAUAUGAUAAAAAGAAAAUCAUAAUUAAUUUCAGUAAGAUUACAUGUAAUUUAGGCAAGAACGGAUCGAGAGUGGGGCGGGUUAGGGCAGGUCGGGUCGAUGAGAGGUACCCAUGUACGCCCCUCCUACGUGGAGGGCCGGACCCGUCUCAAAACAGGUCAAACAGGUCGGGUAAAAUUGGUCAGGUCGAAAUUGUCAUCCCUACGACCGGCAUAAUUUUUCGUGCCUACUAUUCGAAUAGGUUUACUCGUCGACGGAGGAAGAAGCUUGAAGGAUAAAAAGAGAGACAAAUCGCUAUUUUACUGAAUUCACCCGGUCUAAUAUCCAUAUCCGUUAGUGAGAAGUUCUAUCUGUUCUGUUUGUUAGGUCAUUAAGUUUGGGUGUUCCGUUCGUCAGUGCUAAGCCAACCAGUUAGCAUCAGUUGUAGUGAUGGCAAUGGUGCGGGCUAGACGGGUAUCUUAAUACCCAUGCUCCGUCCUAUGCUAUUGCGGGCGGGGUGGUAAUACCUAUGCUGGUACGGGGCGGGGCGGCUCGCCCCAUUCUUGUAUGGAAAGAGCACCAACGACGAAAGCACUCUGUUGGGCCGACAUUAACACUAGGGAUGGCAAUUACCCACCCAUGGGUAAUUAUACCCAAACCCAAGUAGACCCAUUGAUAAUGGGUUGGGUAUGGGUGAAGUGCAUAUGGGUUUGGGGGGUUUGUAGAUGGGUUUGGGUAAGGUAUGAAUAUUGCUUCCAUAAUCUAAAUGGGUAUGGGUUGGAUAUGGAUAUCCAUUUACUCGAGGGUGUUUUAACUACACAUGCAAAAAUUGGACCUAUUUGUAAAACUUGAAAAAUUAUCUACCAAAAUGUAAGACCAAAAAAAUUUAGGUAUCAAAAUGUAAUAUUCCAUCGAUAUUUUGAGGACUUAUAUGCAAAAAAAUUAAAUUUAGGUACUAAAUAUGCAUAUCUAUUAAGUUUAGGUACCAAACUGUAAUGUGUAUUUGGGCAUGGGUACAAACCCAAAUCCAUUUGUUAAAAAUCCAACAUAACCCAAAGUAAAUGGGUAUGAGUACAAACCCAUCAAACUCUACCCAUAUCCAUCUAUUUGGAUUUCAUACCCAACCCAAUUGGGUUGGAUAGUUAAAAACCCAUGGGUAUGGGCAAAAUUGCCAUCCCUAAUUAACACUGAGAGACGAAAUUUAAAGGAGUGAUUGAGAUUAGAUACCGAGUAUUCCUAUGCGUACACGAUGGAUACUGGGCGUUGUGCGUAUUGAAUUGAAAAAACAUAUGCAAAUUUUACUUUUUUCUUUACAACGAAUGGGAAAACACUUUAUGAAUGAAAAAUAGUGAUAAUAGAAUGAGUAAUUGAGUCUAACUAAUUGAAAGAUCAAGUCUAACUAGUUGAAUAAUCAAAUGGAAGAAAUACGAAUAGAUAGGGUAAGCAAUUGAGAUAAAAUGGCCAAGAACAGGGCGGGGCGUAUCAGAAGUAGAUACCUAUGCCCCGACCCACGCUAUUGCAGAUCAGGUAAUACACAUCCCAUCGCUAGAUCGGGUCGGGUAAUAUCCAACGAGGCAGGUUCAAAUUGUCAUCCCUAAUCGAUGUCGUCUUUCCCUUUUCCAAGCCGCUUCUUCAGUUCGGUUCAAUCAAUCACAAUGACAAUUCGGUCCGUUUUGACUUCAGUUUAGUGAGCCGGUGACCGACCUCUAGUUGGGUUGGGUUCAAGAUUGUCAACCCGCGGGUCGCACUCGCCGGGUCGACCGCUACAAGGUACCGGGUUGGAGGUCAAAUUGUGUCAUUUUUUUCUUUGGUUUGCGAAAUGCGCCUAUUUUCCGAUUUUGCUUUUCGCAUAACUCAAUCUUUUGAAUCCUGAGUUGAAAUUUCAAUAUUGAUGUUAUAUAAGUGCGUGUGAAUUUCACUAUAUAUUAGAUCUAAGUAUGACAUGUUAUUUUGCUGGAAUAUUAUAUGUUAUAACUCACAUGUUAGAUGAGAUUUGACAUAAUUUAUCAGGAUAAGUACAAUAUAAUGACUCUUUCCAUAUUUCCGGGCUAAAUCGGACUAAACCAGGUGACCCAUUAACCCUUGACCCACUAGCUCGACUGGAUUCGGGUUAGCCCGCGGGUUGACAACCUUGGUUCGGUUCUACACAAAUUACUAUUUGUGAUUAGAGUGGUUCUUGUCAUUAGUCUCCUCUGUACUUGCCUUCAAUAAAUAAAAUAAAAUGAGUGCUUGUUACGUACGGCUUUAUCGAUAUGUGACUUUCCCCUUAAAGGCUUAAAACACUGAUGGGAUCAAAAAAUUUCUUUCCAUCCAAGAGGACUGAAUCGAACAUAGCUUUGCUUUUGUCACCGAAUCUUAUGUAAGCCUAUAAAUCCAAGUAACAUAAUUAACCACCAUAAUGAAGGACCAAGUCACAGAUCGAUAGAGCCGUACGUAACUAAGAAACGUAAUGCAAUUCAAUCAUAAAAGAACCGUCAAUUUCAGUAUCAUAUAUCAUUGUUAUUACAACCAUAACGACGAUGAAGCAGAAGCUGCCUAUGAUCUUACUAGCGGCCGUCGUUUUCGCGACGGUGAUAGAAAGCGUUACUGCAAUAUUAGACGCCGUGACGAUCGGUGUUACCAACCAGCUGAGCAGCAGCAACGGCGGCGGGGCGGUAGUACUGAUAGUGCACUGCCAAUCUGGAGACAACGAUCUCGGCGGCCAAGAAACCGACGUCGGUUCGAGAUACACGUGGCACUUCGUGACGAAUCUCUUUGGAGGGACGUAUUUCUGGUGCGACCUGGAUUUGGGGGAUCGUCGUCUUUCUUUCACGGCGUUUGAUCAGGAGAAGAGGGGUCGGUUCGCUUCGGAGUUUUAUGUGGGCGACGGUGGCGUUUAUAAGGAGUUUGGAUGUGGAGGGAAUCCGAUUGUUGCGUGGAGGCCGAAAGGUUAGCAUCCCAAGUUAUCGGAAAUUUAUGAAUCUCCCGACGUGACUCUCAAUUUGUUAAGCACACAGUAUUCGAUCGAGCCUGUGAAAACUUGGAUUUGCUAUGCUCGUGACUUUUGUUUAAGAGAGAGCGUGUGAGUAUGUAGUAAAAGAUUUUCAUUAUGAAUGUUUCCCAACAACUGGAGUUAUUUGGGAUCUACUGGUUCUCGACAUAUUGAUGUAUUGUUCUUCUAUACAUGCACUAAAAGCUUGACUUUUGUUGUGAAGACGAGAUAGUCGUCGAAGGUGAAACCACGGUCAUAUGUAUGAUUAAGGACGACUGAUUCGUCACAAUAAACUUCACAUGUUGGAGGAAGUGUCACGAGAGCCAAUAUCAUUCAUAUUACUUAUAUAGGUAAUAUCAGGAUCAUCAAAAUUCGAUACAAUCCUUUGCAUUCUGUCAAAGCCUUUCGACGCUUUGAAAAAAAAAAUAUUUUUAAUAACUCAAAUUAUUUAAAGAAAUAUAAAAAAAACAAUUAUAUAACUUAUUCCCUUAUGAUUUGAAGUCCAAUACGUUCCAAGUGUGGCGAUGGAAGCCAUAAGGUCAAGGAUGGUGUGAGUUACCUUUGCGAUAGUGAUCAAGAUCUCAUGAUUUGAGGCGUCCUCAAUGAUCGUGUAUUGGAUAAUGCGGAAAGUUUAUAAAUUAACAAUCGGUCUCGUCGCUAUUCAAAUGGAUCAAUCUCAAUAUGAUUGAUGCAUAAAUUAAGAAAAAAUUGUGGCAUCAUUUCUAUAUGACAAAUACAUAUACAUUUUGUUUCACACUCCUCGACACUUGCCUCCACCACUAAAGUCGACAAUCAAGAUAACGAGGAAGGAAAAGUCAAAUCAAUAUCCAAACCCAUUUCGCUUCACCCAAAGAGUUGGCAACUAAAGCAGUAAGCUAGAAAUUAACACUACAAGAAAACUCACAUAUAGUGGCUAAUGGUUGAGGCAAAUAUUGUAUUUGUCGCUAAAAGAAUAUAACAAACAACACAUAUAAAAUUGGCCUCAAUAGACACCAUUAUCUGCCUCUAAAAGUAUUACAUAUACAACAAUUUUAUAAUUUGUCUCAAUAGGCUCAAUUAUGUACCUCUAAAAGUAUUAGAUAUACUAUACAUACAUAAUUUGUCUCAAUAUGCACAAUUACGUGCUUCUAAAAGUAUUAGAUAUAUUACACAUCAUAAUUUGCCUCUAAGUGCAAUUAAAUUUUGCGACUCCAAAAGCUUUAUAACGACUCAUAUACUUUUGCCACAAUAGAUGUUUAAUAUUUGUCGCUAUAACUAUUUUGCUUUUAAAUACUCAUAUUUAGUUUAAAAUAUAAAAAAUGCUUUAGUUAGGUUCAUUUAGGGAUGGGUAAUGGGUGGGUUAGGUUGGUUUUUGGGCAAAAUCCUCCCACCCAUUGUUAUGGUGAGUGAUGAAAAAAAUUACCCACACCCACUCAUUUGUAUCGUUGUGGGUGGGUUGGGUAUUUUGUUGAUAGUAAUCAUAUUUUAAAAUGAUCGAUUUUAUGUUGUAAAUCAUAUAAAAUUUAUACAAGAUAAUUGUAAUUUAAUCGAAUCAAUCACGAUUGAAGUUUUGGUAUAAGAAAGAAUAGUGUUUUAUUGUAAAAUAUGCAUUAACGACUUAACAUAUCAUGUGAUUUUGCAGGAAAUGACCCACCUACUACUCACCCGCCACCCACCCAAGUUUAAUGAGUAACAAAAAUGAUGACCUACACCCACCCACCAUAUGCACCCAAACCAAGGUUGUUAAACCUCUAUCGAACCCCCCGGUUGGACCCGGUUCAACCCGAGUCGGGCUUCGAAACGGCCUCCAGAAAACCCCCCGGUCUGACCCCUAAACAAGGAGAAGAAGAGAGGCAGAAGAGAGGAAAAGGAACGAACGAAGGGAAAUGGUAGGUGGAUCAUGGAGGUUAGGUAGAUUUAUUUUGUUGAAAAUAAGUUUUUAAUAGAUAUAUGUAAGAUAAAUUUUAUUUCACUCAUUAAAUUUUUAAUUACUACUUUAUUUGUAUAUAUAUUUAGAAAACGUCUAAAACGGCUCAAACCGGCCGGAUCCCAAUCAGACCAUUAAACCUCAAACCCCUUACUUGACCGGCUCAAUGACUUAAACCGGUUUGACAACCUUGACCCAAACGUAUAAUGAGUGAGUUAGGAUGAGUCUAGUGGUUGAUUCACCCAUUGGCCAUCCCUAGGUUCAUUUAUAUCAACAUACGUAUGCCUCUCCAAAUUAUUUUUUAUAUAAAUGCCUCUCCAAAGUAUUUCAUGGCUUGUGGAGGCAAAUGUUAAUUAUGGCUAUUGGUAAUUUCAAAAGUGAAAUAGGGGCAUAAACUUUGAGCAGUGUGCAUGUGCCGCCCUCUAAUUUAGUCGGGAUUCAAAAAAAUUCAAAGAACCUUACUUUACUCUUUAUAUCCCCUUGGGCCUUGGCACACUCGCUCUAAAAAAGGAGCGCCUCUCCCCAAGAAUCCAUUUUUCCCUCUUCCUCUUAUUUUUCUUCCUCUGUUGCUAAAUCUCCCUUCCCAAAUUGAAUCCUCGUUGCUGCACACCCCUGCAUCUCCAUCAAAAGAAUUAUUAUUCAUUUUUUGCCAGAGAAAAGUGACGACGAGAGAAGCAGCCAUCACAGCAGAGAAAUGCGAGAAUAGAGACCCACUUUAUGCCCAGAUUUUACUCGACGGGACUCUCCGAUUUGCUUAGUUUUGAAUCGAUGCCCUCUAGAUCUACAUCUACAGGUUUCUCUCUCUCUCUCUCUUCCUGGACUAUGAUGUUUUGUUCUAUUUGUUGGAGUGCCAGCACUCCGACAAUGGCGCAGAUAUGCAAAAGGGCCUUGCAGGUCUCUCUGAGACGUGGCGAAGAAAAGUCGAGAUGGCGGAGACUACCUGGGGGUAACACCGGCAUAUGAGGCGAGUAGUAAGAGGGCACAGCGGUAGGGGGAGAAGAAAGGCUCGCGGCAGAGAGGUCUCCAAUGGAAACCAGAAAAGGUAAAGUAGAGGCUUGCUAGCCCAGAUCUGGAGAGAAGCCGCUAAGAUUUGUGACGGCGAGCUUCAAAAAACGACGACGGGCAAGGAAAAAACCUAGAUCCAGGAC